AGGAACUAAAAGUUUAAGACGUUUACAAUUUUAUGUGCAUACCGAUACCUGCACAAUUAAAAUUAUAAAACAGGUUGAGCUACGUAUUAAACGAUUUGACCGCUAAGGAUGCAUUGAGGUUAAACGUAAUAUUUUGCAAAAUGGAGUUAACUAACGGUCCGGAAAAGGCGGAUAUAAAUAAUUUGGUGAAAAACAUCGUAAAAAUAUUGCUCUCAUCUUCCAAGUACUUUCACUGUCCGUUCUGUGCCGACGAGUAUCUGUUUGAGUUUACCCUCCGUCACCAUUUAUUGAAGAACCACGUAGAAGAUCUAUCUAAAAUUGUUCAGUCGCCAGAUUCUAGCAUUAAGUUUUGCGAUAGCAACAUAUGUCCGUAUUGUGGGGCAUUGUUCUACUACAUAUCUGCUCUUCCGAAGCAUAUCAUGAAUAGCCACAGUCGGGACUGUUUAAUCAAGUGGCAAACUAUAGUGAAAGAGAAUAGUCUGCAAAGAAAGUUUCUUGCCGAACCGAGCAUCAAAUGUGUGCCGUGUUCUCCUGGGAUAAGCGAUUUGUUCGAGGAGCUAAGUACAGGUAGUUCAAACAAGAAGAAACACCGUCCAAACCGAAGGGAUGCUUCCCCUUUAUAUAAAUCUGCCUUAAAAAAUGCAAAUCGGAUGUCAGCCUCCAGACGUUCCGAAUCCUGGGUUAGCUGCGAUUUUGAGUUUACAAAGCAUACUCAAGUUUCCAACUCUGCUCGACGAGAACUCCAGUUUGAUGCCGCUGUUUUAGAAAAUGCAGCUGAUGACGAUGCAGCAACCAAUCCAGGUAAAAAAUCUAAACGUUCACGUAAGCGGUUCAAUUUGCGUGCCCUUAAGCCAAAAGGUAGCCUUAAAAAGUUCGUUCUGUCCAAAUUUACUCGAAAGUAUCACUGUAAAAUCGUUACUAGUACGCCUAAUAAUUUCCUGGAUAGCAGCGGACUCGCGGUUUCAGGCUCACUGCUGCACAAUCAAGAACGUUGGAAUAGAAUUCAUUUGGACUGAUAUUAGAUCUGCAAGCUUUUGUGACAGUAGGGCGUGUGUUAUUACCUUGCUGAUGUAGAGGUAACAAUUCUCAUUUUUAAUUCAUGUGUCGAAAGAUUCACAUUUACGAAGUAUUAACUCUGACAAUAAUAUGAUAUUUAUAUCUACAUGUAUUACUUAUCACUUAAAGUAUUGAAACUGUUAAGAUACGAUACAAAGUCGAAAUAUUUAUUUCAUCUGAUUACAGGAAAUUAAGGUU